UCAUAACUUUCUUUCUUUCUUUCUUUCUUUCUUUCUUUCUUUCGCGCUUCCAUUUCGGAUUGAAAAUCGGUGUUCGUUUUCAUCAUCUUCCAUGCAAUUCUUCUCCUCAAAACCCUAAUCCCGUUUCCUACUACCGACGCACUCGAGUAUUUCUCUUUUCCACACUUUAUUUCUACAAUAUCUCGUUGCCGUUAUCUUGAGUUCGUUUGGAGUUGUGAAAUGGCUUGUCAAGUCAGUGAUGGGAUAAUUUGUAGUGGUGUGGGUCGAAUAGUGGGGAAAAAGAAAGUGAUUGCUGAUAAGACGUGGUCUUUUCUAACGUUGAAGCGUGGGGAUGUUUGUGUUUCUUCGUUAAUUGAGAGUAAGGUUUUAAGUAAUCGGAAUCGAGUUGGGGAUUGGUGUUUGUCUGCGAGCUCUCAACGUGAUGACCUGUUCACUUCGAGUGUUGUACACCGCAGAAGUGCUUCUUUCAUUGUAGCUAGGAAUCAGUUGAGCUCAGAUUGUGAAGUGGAUUCCUCGGAUGCGGAGGAAAGUUUGUGUUCAGAAGAAGAUGAUGUCAAUUCCAAGGAUAGGAAUGGGACAGUGCAGUGGAAAGAACUUCCCCACUAUCACCAACAGCCUCUGGAUGUGAAGCAGGAGCUGUUUGCUCUAUGUGGGCCAGCAAUUGCUGGACAAGCUAUUGAACCGUUUGCGCAGCUUAUGGAGACUGCUUAUAUAGGAAGAUUAGGUGCCUUGGAGUUGGCUUCAGCGGGUGUUUCUAUAAAUAUAUUUAACUACAUAUCAAAGGUUUUUAAUAUACCUCUACUCAGCGUAGCUACUUCUUUUGUCGCUGAGGAUAUUUCAAAGCAUGCUAUUGAAGAUCCUUUAUCAGAUUCCUUGGAAGGUUGUACUAAUGGGAAACUAGUUGCACAGUUAUCUGAGAGAAAGCAACUAUCUUCAGUUUCUACAGCUCUAUUGUUGGCAGUUGGGAUUGGACUUUUUGAGGCUUUUGCGUUGUAUUUUGGAUCUGGAAUAUUUCUUAAUAUCAUGGGCAUUUCUUCGGGGUCAUCCUUGCGCGUUCCAGCCCAACAAUUUCUUUCACUUCGAGCCCUCGGUGCUCCUGCUGUUGUUCUUUAUUUGACUCUUCAAGGAGUUUUCCGGGGUUUUAAAGAUACCAAAACUCCUGUUCUUUGUCUAGGAAUUGGAAAUUUGUUAGCUGUCUGUCUUUUUCCAAUAUUGAUUUAUUAUUGUCAAUUGGGUGCAAUUGGAGCAGCAAUUUCGACUGUUAUAUCUCAAUAUGUUAUUGCCUUUUUGAUGUUAUGGUUUCUCAAUAAAAGAGCUGUACUAUUGCCCCCAAAGUUUGGUGCAUUGCAAUUCGGUGUAUACAUGAAAUCUGGUGGUUUUCUUCUUGGAAGGACUCUUUCCGUUCUAACCACUAUGACGUUGGGUACAUCAAUGGCUGCACGCCAAGGUGCAGUCGCUAUGGCUGCACACCAAAUAUGUAUGCAAGUAUGGUUAGCAGUAUCUCUUCUUACUGAUGCACUUGCUGCUUCAAGUCAGGCUAUGAUUGCAAGCUCUGUAUCAAAAGGUGAUUACAAAACUGCUAAGGAAGUAACUGGACUAGCCUUAAAGGUAGGAUUGUUCACAGGUACCAUACUAUUUGCGAUUCUUGGGGCAUCUUUUGGCUCUCUUGCCACCUUGUUCACGAAGGAUGCAGACGUUUUAGGAAUUGUUAGAACUGGAGUCUUGUUUGUUAGUGCAACUCAACCUCUGAAUUCUCUGGCGUUUGUUUUUGAUGGUCUGCAUUAUGGUGUUUCAGACUUCCGAUAUGCUGCUUUCUCUAUGAUGGCGGUUGGGGCUGCCUCUUCGUCAAUUUUGCUAUACGCUCCUUCUGUUUUGGGUCUUCGUGGGCUGUGGUUGGGUUUGUCUCUUUUUAUGGCCCUGCGUACUGCAGCCGGUGGUUUCAGAUUGCUUUCCAGAAAUGGCCCAUGGUGGUUCCUCCACAGUAAUUUACAAAAUACCAAGGUUCACUCAACCUCGUAGCUCUCUUUCUCUACGUUUCCAAAUUUUCUUAAAUGCCACCGUUCUCUCAAAUUUCACUUCUUCUUUAAAAGGUUUCUGAUUCUAUCCUUGUAAUUUCACAAUUUUGUUAUUUACUCUCCCUAUUUUUACAUCAAUCAAUAAUAGGUUUCUUCCAUUUCCUA